UGUCCGAAGUAUAUAAGGACGAACGGACACCAGCCUACCAACAAAGCGAAUUGUACAGCACUAUUGUCAGUCGACGCCCAGUCAAGAUCAAGUUCAAAAGACGGCCUUGUAUAUAGCAAGAACAAGCAAUUACAGUGUGUUACCGAAACUCCGAGAUCGUCCUCUUAGCAAGAGGUAUAUGGGAAAGACGGUUCCGGACACCAGUGCGUGCUUGAAUAGAGCACUCAUAGAGGAACAAGCUAGUGGAACGCAUCGUACACAAGGAUAAUACUCGAUGCGGUGUUUUUUAUUAGUGAUAUCUGCUUGACACACUCGACAGCAAUAUUAAUAUCAAUUGAGGAUAUAUGCAAUUUAAUGAAAUUGCCAUAGGUAGUUGGUGUACAUUGAGUGCGUGACUUUGGACGCAAAAAUUCUCAAGUGUCUCUACAAGUUCUCAUGGUGUACAUUGUUCAUGCCGCAAGUUCUGUAUAGUUUCUGGUUGCAUCGAUAUUCAAGUAAGGCUAAGACUGAGCACAAAAUGUUUAUUUCUCGUGAGAAUUAAUCUUGAGUGCGCCCCUAAGGAAGACCCUUCACGAAGACGGAUAAUAGACCGACAAAGCACUUUGAUUUUUUCGCUCAGACGAGAGUACAGUCUAGUGGUUAUUCAUAGUGAAGUACUCAGUACGUGACGAUGUGUUUUAUAACACGAGACCUGUGCCUCUGGCUUGGUUUUUGUUUGCUAUACUUGGUUGGAAGCAGUGAAGCGCAAAAACGACAGAGCGCCAAUGAUCUUUCUGCAGACCACGAAGGAGAUAGGCUCCUGUAUUCCGCAUGUGGUAGAUCUACAGCAAGACGUCAAAGGGUCGUGGGUGGUGAGGACGUCUACGACGGUGAAUUUCCUUGGCUUGUAUCAAUCCAACUAUUGCCAGCCUUAGGGGAGAACAAGUGCGGAGGCACUAUACUCAAUGAUCGGUGGAUCCUUACGGCUGCACAUUGUUUCCAUGGAUACAGCAAGUCGAACUUCGUCGUACGCGUGGCCGAUUUUAACUUACGCCGCAAGGAAAUGCGACCCCAGCAGGCGCUUACCAUGGCAAUCGAAAAGUUAGUCGUGCAUCCACAAUACAGGAAGGAUCGAAAAUAUGACAACGACAUUGCCCUUAUUAAACUGGCCAAGGAUAUUGAAUUCUCCCCAUACUCUCUGCCAGCGUGUCUCCCAACCCUUCGUCUAGCUUCCACGGCCGGUAUCAACGUAACAGUUAUUGGGUGGGGCAAACUUGCCGAAGCUGGGAAACUUCCAGAGACUCCUCGGAAAACUUCAUUAAUAGUAUUUGAUAACGCACAGUGCAAUGAUUGGCUGGCAUCGCUUCGAAUGCGUCUACUCGACAACCAUCUCUGUGCAGGCGUUAGCAAAGGUGGAAGAGACGCCUGUCAGGGGGACUCUGGCGGUCCGCUGAUGGCAGUAGAAGAUGGACGAUACGUCGUUGUUGGCGUUGUCUCAACUGGCUAUGGCUGUGCUCGCCCGAAGACACCGGGCGUUUAUGCAAGGGUGUCCUCCUUUCUGCCUUGGAUCAAUAACGUUAUCAAUUAACAGUGGAUUAAUUGUCUCUAAGAGUUUCGGGUGACAACAACAACACAAAAGCUACACUAAUUGCGACCGUUUACACAGAAAGGGAAUGCCAAACGAAGUGUGGAAAACCACCAGCUUAGACCCGUUGGGUAUCCUGAGCGUUUGGCUUGAACCCAAAUCUAUUGUGUCAACAUAGUUGUUUAAAAAGACUUACUCCCACCUUUAUUCUUAGUAGCUUUAUUGGAUUCCGGCAUAUUUUUUGGCAUAUUGAAGUACUGUAUACUGCUACAAUGCCCAUACAGAACUAGGACUCUUUGUGACACGUUGGCUUAUUCCAAUAUAUGUGGGAAUAAAAGUGAAUAGUCGAGUCUGGUUUGGCGUUACUAGUGAUAACGGCUACAGAAAAACUAACGAGCCCUAUCACUGUUAGUGCUAGAAUAUAUCCUUAGGAACAGAUACAAGUGUAAAGUAAUAAAUGGUGGUUAAACACAAAUGUCAUUGACAACCGGUUAGUAAAAACUAAAGAAUGGGUCAAAGUGAACACAUGUAUGAAAUAUAUAAUACCAAAUGCCAGUGUCUCAUUGAUCUACUAUAGCUGUCACCUGGAUGAAAAGAAGUAAUAAUGAAGAAAAAGAAGAUCUCUACAACAUAUUCUAUUUUUUAGAUCGGCAAUCCGCAACUGCCACGCAUCGAACACUGCCGAUGUGCUAUGAAUGCAACAUGGUUAGUCAUUUGGUUUGGUUUUUGCCCUAUUUAUAUAAAAUAUGACGAGCUGUAUUGAAAAAAAUGUAUAAAAGUAAUCUUUCGGCACAUUCAAGGUCCGCUGGGUCGGAUGUAACCUAAAUCCUAUUGUUUUCAAAGCCUUGGCACCUACUCUGGUUUUCCCUUGAAAAGGAAGUCCGAAACACCAUUUCUUCUGAAAAUUCCUUAUGUCUGAAUUAAGAGUGCUUUAUCUGAGGUUUUCUAUUUUUCUUCUUUGUGAUGCUUGACCAACAGUCUGUCUCAAUGUGUAUUCAUUUUUAGCUUUCGCUUUGGCAAUAUUGAAUAAUUAUUUUUUAUGCGAUUCGUAAUUGUGUGUUCCAAGAUAAACCCAAGCUCUAUUCAUCCCAUUUAACUUUGUGGAAACAAGGAUAUUUCUCAGCACUUUGCUUUCAGUUAUUAUUUACGUCAUUAAGGACAAUUUAUAUUAAUUUUCAUGAAUUCAUGAAAAACUUUAGGAUCUAAAAUAAUAUCAAAGAUUUUCGGAUUUUUCUAAAAUCACCGGAACUCCUUAAAGCGUUGUCGUUACGGCUGCGACUUAUAACCAGAAAGAAAAAAUAUGUAGAACAAUUAAUCAAUUUGAUAUGCAUUACUGCAUUACUUAGAUCUAUGAAUAAAAAAAACACAUCGAAUGCCCUUGUAAUUGAAAUUAUACAGCGAACACAUGUUGUAAUCUAAAUGCGCAAAAACUAUACACAUCGAAGGAUAGUUUUGAUAACCUGUUUUAGCUUAAUUCGGACAACAAUUGAACGAAGUUGAAGUAUCAAUUGAUGUGGAAACUAGAAGUUUAAGGCUUCAUAUGCAGAAGCACUUAGAAAAUGCAUUUCUACCAAAUGUUAAAACUAUUUCACCGUUUUUGCGAUAAACAAGAACACGUUCUCUAGUAUUACCCUGUAUGUGCAUAUAUCGAAAUUAGCUAGCAAAUGUGAUAACUGGGUCAAGCUGCCUCUGUGUCUGUCACCCUUUAUUUUUUGUCAUCAAGUGGUUUUGAACUAAUGAACACUAUAAAUCGAUAUUUUAUUUAUUUCGUAGGUAUAGCGUAUACUACAAUUUACUGGCUAUGAUAACGUCAAAAAUAAAACACGAUUCUACAGAAGACAUGUAACGAGUUCUUGAAAACUCGUUCAAAUGCGGACUACACAUACAUGUGCUGACAUUCUAUACCUUACACUGUGGGAAGAUGUUUAUGAAGACAUUCAAAAACUAAGAAAAAAAAAAUAAA